CUACGCUCAUUAUUUAUUAUCUCUGCUUUCAAUUUUAAUUCAUCGUCUGUUUGCAUGAAACUUGCACUUCAAUUAAACCACAAGAACCAUCAGUUUUGCGGAAGAAAGAUAUCGAGUUUAUUUGGUAUUUGGUCGAGCUGUAGAAGCAAAAAUUCGAAACGAAACAAGAAUUGAAAGAAUAAAUGUAAAUAAAUUGUUGUUGCUGUGGCAGUGCCUGAUGUUGAUGUUGUUUCUUAUGGAUCGUUUAAGAGAAAGAAAAACUGGCAAAUUCCAGUCAUGUGUGUGAAUGAAGAAAAGAAAUGGAACAACAAUAGAAACAAACGAGAACUAAAGUAAGCAGAUAAAAUUGGGUCUUUUGUGAUUAAUUAAGAACACAAGUGGAGUUGAAUGAAAGUGUAAAGAGUCGCAAACAUAAAACAUUAAUAAAAGCAACAACAAAGACACAAAAUUAUUUCUGAACGAUUUAAUUUUAGAAGAAAAAAACAAUAAGAAAAGAAAUUUGUGCUAAUAAAGUCGAAUGUCGAGUGAAUGAGUUCGUCGUUGUGACUCUUGAAGUAAUUAAUAAACAACGCAGACAGCUAGGAAAACUGAAACCACGAAGAAAACAUGAGAACUCAUAAAGAUAUGAAUUAAGUUUACAAUUGGAAGCAUAAAGACAUUCAUUCAGUGAUCAUCGUACAACAAAAAAGUUUCGUGAGAUAAACCCAAAAUGUGAAAAUUGAAUCAAUUAAUUAAAAGAAUUAAAAGACUUGCUUCGGAACUUGUUGUUGAAUUAGACAAUUAAAAGUUUUUGAUGAUUUAAGUGUUUUCAACUCCUUGAUUGAGCUCAAGUAUUGCAUUAGCAAACAAAGUUUGAGAAAUUAAAUGAACACACUCAAAAAACAAUAAGCACGAGCAAAAGAAAAGCCAUUUUUUAUUUGAAAAUGUUAAGAAACUAACAACAAACAUGAAAAAACAUUUGCUAGUCAAUUAUCGGCAUUUACAAUUCCACUUGUUAUUAAUGCAAUUAUUAUCAGUAACUACAUCAAACUUCAAUGGUAACAACAUUGUAGAAACAAUUGAAAAUUCAACGCAAUCUUGGAAUAAAUUAGCAGAUUGCAGUCAAGCAAAUUGUCUACGAUGCACCAUCAAUGGCUGUAUAAAAUGUUCAAAGUUCAUCAUGAUGGAUUCAAGAGAAUGUGUUGAUGAAUGUCCGAAGAGUCACACACAGCAAUGGUCAACGACCUCUGACUUGAUGGGACGCGUUUGUUAUCCAGCAAAUGUCUCAAACUCCAUUCAAACUGUCUUCGUAGGAAUCAUCUGUGGAGCUGUUCUUUGCUUCGUCAUUGUCCUAGUGGGUGUGAUGAUGUUCAAACGGAAACAUCAAAAGAUGAACAAGAAAUCAAUCAAAGACCAGCUGAUCGACGAUGAAUACGAUCGACAUGAGUUUAUUCGUCAAUUGGACGAGUUGAGACCACAUUCCGAAUGUUUCCUUCACAUGUUGAAUGACACGAGAAAACAAAUACGGAAAUUACAUGUUGCUGGUGACAACACAGCUUCAGCAAAGUUUUAUCCGAUCGUAAGAGAUCUCGCCAAGAUUCUCAUUCUUCUCAAUCGACCUGUGGAAUUAAUCGACGGCCCACCUCAUGAUUGGAAUCGUUUGUUGCUUUGGGCUGAACGAAUAUUGGCGCAAUACAAGCCACAACAAAUUGCCCAAUUGAUUGAGUUUCUUCAAACUCCCACAUCGCCGUCAUUCAACGAUGUUGAUUUCGAUGAUGAUGAUCGUUUUAGCAGUAAGCAUACAACCUUCAAGAGUUUGUUCUAUUCAACACCAACCACACAUACGAGGAAAGCAUUCGCUUCGACAUUGCCGGCAACUGUCACCGGCUUAAACAAUGCCAAAGAUCUCUCAAAAAGAAGUUCAAUUAGCAACGACAUGAAACAUCUUUCAUUGCCAAAUGAUGGCGACACUUCUGAAAAGAUUGCAACAGGAAGUUUAAUUUCGCUUCAUGAUUUCGAUGAUGCAUGUCCAUCAACUGCAAAUGCAACGUUGCAAAAGAAGCCCAAAAAGAAAAGUCCAUUCGGUGAAAGUUUCGACCAUGUCAAGAAUUAUUUAUCAAGUGGAAGUCUUUGGAUGGUUGAAGAUGAAUUUAUAGAAUUUAAAUUGGGACUAAGGCCACAAGAUGAAAUCACUACAGAACUUUAACGAAGACAUUGGAUUAUUUUUCAAUAUCAUUCACAAGAAUGCUGCAAUAAGAAAUGAAAAAUUGUUCAAAUACUCUUAGGAAGGUUCAUCGCGAUGAUCUGAACAAUGCUUUCGUGUGAUGAGAGUUUUCUUUGAAUUGAUGAUUCGAAAGUCUCAAAUCGUAUAAUUUCAUGGACGAUAAUUUUUAUGAUUUGUGGUCUUCGGUUUAGAAAUUAAUUGAAUUAAACUCGACCUAAGUGCAAAGUAAAAUUUAAAAGGAAAAUACCUGCAAUGGACAUCAAGUUAUAAAUUACUAACUUCAUUUUCAAGAUAAGCAGCCAGAAACUCUCCACUCGGUGCCAAAAUGAAGUGUGAUGUGGAAAAAGAUCAAAAUGAAAUGAAAAUGAAUAAACACAAAACGGAGAAAAAAAAUUGAAAAUAAACAGAACA